AUGGCCAGCUCCCAGCAAUUGGCGCCGAUCAAGGUUCAGCUGCCGCAUCCCUAUCUCACCACCUACCACCUGGUGCCCUCCAGCAAGGUCCAAGACGGCAAUCGCCUGUUCCAGCUCCAUAAGGCCUCCGGGGAUGAAGCGCAGCCCUUCCCUUAUGAGCUGCAGAAUGGCCAGCUCUACUUCAGCGCGCCGCAGCCGGUAAACCCGAAAACCGCGGUGCCAGCCUCCAACAACACUGCUUGGGCGCGCGCGCAACGCAGCCCGGUCUCUCUCUGUACCUGGGAGAGCUCCUCUGCACCGACUGUCGGUCAGGUCUGGCUCUUUCUCUACGCUAUCUUCACCGUUCAGGAGCACAUGGAGACCUUCCGUCUCCAGCUCAAGGGUCCCGAUGCCGAAUCUCUGGCGCACGCCCUGCGCCUGUCCAUGGUGGCUAUUGACCACCCGCGACCUGUCAGCAGCGAAACCAGCGACGAGCCUAUUCCCAAUGAGCUCCUCGUGAUGCGCAGUGCCUUCUGGCAAGGCUGCGGCUCGCCGCUGGGCGCUCAGCCUAUCUGGCUGCCGAACUGGAACCCAGCGGCUGCUGUUCCUAGCCUUGACUACACUAUGACCUCCACGGAAGCCUCCCACCGUCGUCACCCUCGUCGCCACCCUAAGCCUACCCCUGGAAGUGUCGUUUACAGUCGCUACAUCCCCUUCCUAGACGAGCACUUCUCCCUCAUUGCCCUGGACUAUCAAAAUCCCGAGCACCUGAAUCUCUUCCACACCUGGCAAAAUGACCCUCGCGUCGCAGCAGGCUGGAAGGAGACCGGUACCCUCGACGAGCACAGGGAUUACUUGCGCCGCCAGCAUGAGAGCGCACACACCCUUACCGUGCUCGGCCGCUUCAACGACACUUUCUUCUCGUAUUACGAGAUCUUCUGGUCCAAGGAGGACAUUGUCGGCGCGCACUAUGCGUCGCACGACUUCGACCGAGGCCGCCACACCCUUGUUGGCAAUGAUAAGUUCCGCGGUCCCCACCGUGUGAUGGCCUGGUGGCCGAGCAUGAUCCACUUCUGCUUCCUCGACGAUCAUCGCACUGAAAAUGUGAUCGGCGAGCCGAUGUCGACCAACGACAAGGUCCUGACUUAUGAUUACACUUUCGGCCUCCACCAGGAUCAACUCAUCGAUCUGCCUCACAAGCGCGCUAGCCUAGUUAAGUGCACCCGUGAACGCUUUUUCCAGUUGUGCCCGUUUAACCAGGGUGCUCCCCAUAUUGCUGGUACCGGACUGGGCUUCAAGCCGUGCCUGUAA